GUCUGCGGCCGCAGUUUCUGAGCUCGCGCCGGAGGCGGGAGCCGGGAGUUUUCUCGCGUAGCUGGCCGCGGCUUUUUCACGUGGUGUUCUGCCUGAGACCGAGGCAGGUGCGCCACGGGCUCCCCAGCCGAGGCCUGGCUGUGGCUGGGGAGACAGUGAAAGACCCGGCUGGACAGGCCGGACCGGGCUCAGCACCGCAGGCUCAGACCCGGCCUUUAAGGGGAGAGGCCUGAGAGAAGAGCCCAGAGCGGGGCUGGGGCUGCAGUGAAGCGACGCUGACGCUCAAGAGAACUGCUGGGAGGCGGUGGCGCGAGGUGGGACUCAAAUGCUGGAGGAAGGAGAACCACCUUCUCCAGAUCCUGCCCUUCCCCAAGAGGAAGGCACAGAAGAGGAAGGAAUGGCAGGUGGUCUGCUCCCAGCUGGGCCCCAAGGAUCCACACCUUUCAGCAGUGUGACUGUAGCUUUUACCCAGAAGGGAUGGAGGCAGUUGGCCCCUACUCCGAGGGACAGGUUCAAGGAAGGGAUGCCAGAAAAGUCCAGAAACCUGGUCCUACUGGGACUUCCAGUCUCCCAGCCUGGUAUGAACUCCCAGUUGGAACAAAGGGAAGGUUCAUGGAUGCUGGAGAGAGAAGGCCUCAGGAGUACCUGUCCAGAUUGGAAGAUUGUAUCUGAAUCACCAGCUGAACAAGACAUUUCUGAAGAAUCAUUCCAAGACCCAAGUGUAGAGAUGCCCUCUGGGGAGUCAGAUCACAGGAACAGUGAACUGGGGAAGAGCUUCAAUCUGAGACCAGUUCUUUCUCCACAGCAGAGAGUUCCUACAGAAGUGAGACCCCGUAAAUGUGAAACACACACAGAGAGUUUCAGGAAGAAUUCAGAUAUAAUUAAACCUCACAGAGUGAAGCCGUACAUAUGUAAUGAAUGUGGCAAAGCCUUCAGUUACUGUUCUUCCCUUUCUCAGCACCAGAAGAGCCACACUGGGGAGAAGCCAUAUGAGUGCAAUGAAUGCAGGAAGGCCUUCAGCCAGAGCUCAUCUCUUAUUCAGCACCAGAGGAUUCACACCGGAGAGAAACCUUAUAAAUGCAGUGAAUGUGGAAGAGCCUUCAGCCAGAAUGCAAACCUUACAAAACACCAGCGAACUCAUACUGGAGAAAAGCCCUACAAAUGUAGUGAGUGUGAGAAAGCCUUCAGUGACUGUUCAGCCCUUGUUCAGCAUCAGAGAAUUCACACUGGAGAGAAGCCUUACGAAUGCAGCGACUGUGGGAAGGCCUUCCGCCACAGUGCAAAUCUUACAAACCACCAGAGGACUCAUACAGGGGAGAAGCCCUACAAGUGCAGCGAAUGCGGGAAGGCCUUCAGCUACUGUGCAGCAUUUAUUCAGCACCAGAGAAUCCAUACAGGGGAGAAACCCUACAAAUGUAAUGCAUGUGGGAAGGCCUUCAGCCAGAGUGCAAACCUCACAAACCACCAGAGGACUCACACUGGAGAGAAACCCUACAAGUGCAGUGAGUGCGGGAAGGCCUUCAGCCAAAGCACAAACCUUAUAAUCCACCAAAAGACCCACACUGGGGAGAAGCCUUAUAAAUGUAAUGAAUGUGGGAAAUUCUUCAGUGAGAGCUCAGCCCUUAUUCGACAUCAUAUAAUUCACACAGGAGAAAAACCCUAUGAGUGCAAUGAGUGUGGAAAGGCAUUUAACCAGAGCUCAUCCCUUAGUCAGCAUCAGAAAAUUCACACUGGUGUGAAACCUUACGAAUGUAGUGAGUGUGGUAAGGCCUUCAGGUGUAGUUCAGCUUUCAUUAGACAUCAGAGACUCCAUGCUGGAGAGUAACUGGGAACAUAACCAAAGUGGAUGGGGACCUGACAGGUAAUUUGAAGGCAUCUGGGGACAUCUGACUUUAAGUCUAGCCCAGAGCCAUAUGCAAAAGCACCUUUAAUAAAUAGUCACUAUUUUACAUGUUGCAUCUGGAAGGUCUCAGGUGCUCUCUUCUUUCUCAACAUCUUAAGACAACCCAACUCCAAUUACACUGUUUUAAAGAUUUACCUUUAAUUCAGUGGAAAAAACACUCCAGAAACGUUGAUUUAUGAAGAAUGAGUGAAAGACUUGGUUCCUACUUAAAAGGUCAGGUAUUUUGGCAGUGGUCUGGUCGUAGUAGUCUCUGCUUGAACGAGGGCUGUUGCAACAAGAGAAUCAAGAACAUUAGCCGGGAACGAGUAUCCCCACAGUGGGGCCACUGAGGUUUAAGAUUUGGGGGAGUGAAUUCAAGUGAGGAAGGGGGAUUCUAGAGCCAACUGUUACUAGAAUGGGGCUGGGGGAGGGAUGCUGAAUCUAGACACAGCUGCACACAACCUGCACUUUCUGAGCUGCUCAAGUGCUCUAUUCUAGUUACUGCUGUCAAGAAAAGACUGAGGAAGGACAGUGAGGUUGAGGGUGCAGGAAGAAGCUAAUGAAAUCCUUCAGCAAGGCACAUACCUUUAAACGGAGUUCCUAAGGGAGGGAAGGCUAACAAAACUGGGGCAACGUGACGGCAGCCAUGCUUUCCCUGGCUCAGAGGCAGGCGAGUCAUUUUUACUUUCCCCUCUUCCUGACAGCUGAGUAUCUUUUAAAUCAAGCUCCUUAGCCUGUUGGCCUGCUUCCUUUCUCCCUUGCACCCCACUGGUGUAGAUCUCAUCUCAGCACUUAUAAACUGCUGUGAGCUUACUUGGUUUUUGGUUAGGUAAGCCUGAUUUGAGACGCCCCAUUACUGGUCUACUGUAAGGUAAGCUGGUUGUACCCUCAGCCAUCACCCAAGGCCUCUAGCUUUGAUUCCUUGCUGACUUGCCACGUGUCCUGGAAUGUUCCUCACUCCAGCGAUCUCGGGCAGUCCUUUCCACUAAAGCAGUUUUCCACCCCUGCUUGCACCUGUGAUUAAAAACCAAAUGGGACAGCCAAGUGACUAAUGGCAGGGAAACGAAGUUCUUGGCGCUGUCAUUCCCAACUCCCUUUAGGCUAGUGCCCAGAAGCCCCUUCCAGGUGGUACUUCAGGCUGCUCAGGGGUAGCUUUGUCUCAGUGUCCAGGUGCUUGAGGUUCAUUCAUUGCAUAUCAAAUAAGGUGAAAGUGAGUGAGGAGCUCUAGAAACUCAAAAGGAACAGAAAUAAGGAAAAGACAUGGGAGAGGCUUAGGAAAGGUGAAAGCAUUCAUUAGAAAAUAGUCUUGUUACUGGUUUAAAGCAAACCAGUGUAGGGCUAGGAGCUGCUAACUACAGAAGAGGACUCAUAAAGGUCAGGUUCUUUGGUUGCCCCAUCAGUGGUUCUGAACCACAGCUGUACACUGGAAUGGAGAGCAAAGCCUUGAAUCAUGGGCCCAGAACCCACCAAAUGAUUAAAUUGGUUUGGGAUGAAGAGCUCCUUCCCUGUGUGUUUAUUAUGUUUAGCUCCCCAAGUUUUCUUUCUGACCAAGAACUUUUUCUUGAGGAGCUCCAUGAAUGUGUCUCCAAAAAGCAGACUUCCUUUCUAGGUAUUUUCUGAGCUAGUCCCAUACAGGACAGAAAUAUGUUGUCCACUGAUUGCUGCUUCAUCCCCAGAUUCUGUCACCCUGGCCUCAAUGACCACCAUUUGACCACAAAGCCUAGGCUCCCCCGAGGAAGAGGCCACAUCAAAAAGUCCACUGGUUGUCAAAUAACUCUUUUAUUAUUUUUCUUUGCAGUUCUUAACUCUGUGGAAAAGGAAAAAAAAAAAAAAACCCUCUCAGUAAUAGGACAGAAAAACCUUAUCUCCCAACCCCACUAUUGAGCACUUCUAGAAUUUUCCACCUUUUCCCCAGGAAUACAUUAGCUUCCCCUCCAGUUUUCACCCUAAUUUUAAGAAAAUCAAUGCAUAAGUCACUUACAGCUGGGCAUUCCACCGCACCACUGUUGAUGUCAUCUAUGAUGUCGUGAGGGUGGCGGCCAUCAACAUUGCAGCCCACAGACUGGGCGGUCCCCAGGAUCUCUUUAAUGGUUCCUAUAAUUAAGAAAAGGUGGAAUCAGAGGGCCUGUCAGUCCCUCACAAUCCUCAGAUACCAGUGGGGAAAUACAGGCAAGGAGAGGAAUAACUAUUUUAUGGAAUACAGGGAUAAUUAUCACUACUCCCCUAAUCCAAAAUUCAGAGCUCCAUAUAUUUAAAAGCUCUGAAUGCAAAAAUGUCCACAGGUCCUAUGAUACCCAGAUUCUUUCAAACCGAGAAAGACACCACACCCCAAUUUCAGGUCUUACAGAAUAAAAUCCCCUCUAAGUGGGAAAAUGCCACUAAGUGCAUACAUCUUGCAUGACAAUUAAGGUGGCCUCAUACUGUUCUGUUCUUACCAGAGAGUUCUCUAGCUAAAGAUCGAUGCCGCAUCUGUCGGGCAAUGUUGACAAUCUCAUCAAAAGUGAUGUUUCCACUGUGCUUAACUGCAGAAAAUAAAAAACAGCAAAAGCUUUGUUACCACCUGAGGUCAGAGCAGAGCACAGCAGUCAGUCCUCCCUCAUCCAUUUCUAACCUGUUCCCAUGCUUUCGGCACAGAGUCAUCCACAUGAAGAACAACCCUGUUUCCUAAGCUGGGGUUUAGUAUCAGCUCACCACUGGAUUGCACCAGCCAACAGAAAACUGGUCAGGUGCAGUGGCGGGUGGCUAGGGACAAAAUCAAGUCUUUGCUAACCUUAUGUGCAAGGGACUGUUUUGAAGAGGAGAAAAAACACGCUGAAGUGACUGAGGUUGAUUAAAGCUGUCCAUAGGGUCUGUCAUCCAGCUAGGAAGCUGCUCUUUCUUGAUUACUGGUUAUCUUUCUCAGUUUCUUCACCCUGCCUGAACAUGUCCCUCCUGCAAGCGUUGAGUGGGAUCUGUUCCACACCAGGGAUUGGGGAGAGCCACAAGGCACUUCUUGGCAGUGCCUAGCUCUGUAACAGCUUAACAAAUACCUGUGCCAUCCCUAGGUUUCAUUAAAGGGAGCACGUGCAGCUGUGUAUCAAACACUGGGCACACAAGUAUCCAGGGAAAAAGCCACUCACUGUUUUUCUGCUUCUUUCUGUCUCUUGGCGGUUCCUUGAGGGCUUUGAUGAUCAGGGCAGAGGCAGAAGGUACCACCUCAAUCUGCGGAAGAGAUUCUCAAUGGGAGUAACAUACCCUACCCCACCCUCCGAUGAGAACAACCAAUACUACCAUGCACCUUGGCUCUCAGAAUCCAUGGGCCAGAUGCCGCAUUUACUGUACAUUCAGGUUAAUUUUCGCAACCUGAAACACGUCCUACCCCAGCAAACAUAAGUGAUUUACCCAAUGUCUCAAAAGCCUUCCCCACAGAUAAAAUUGCUCUUACCUCACCACUAGUGGCAGGUGACUAUGUCAGCAAAAAACCUUCCUCCCAGGAAUCCCUACCUCUGCCCUCCCUCAAACCAAGUACCUGGGCCUGUCGGUUCUGAAUGGUCAGUUUCACUGUAAUCCUCAGACCCUUCCAAUCACCAGUUGCCUUGGCGAUGUCAUCACCAACUUUUUUUGGAGACUGCAGAAAUAAAAGGUAUAUAAUCACACCAUGCCCUACAUCGAAGCAGUCUGAAAAUCUGCCCAGUCCUUCUCACUUGGCAGCACAAGCAAGCUGUUUGAAACACGUUUAACUUUGCCUGCCCAAUCAAGGCAUGGCUAUCACCAUACUAAACUGGAAAACAGAGGCUGCAGGUUUAGUGGGUCCAGGGCUGUAAACUGCAGGUUCAAGGCCACAAUGGGACCAGGGCCCUUAUCUACCUACCCUCUCCUAAGGACCUAUGUGGUAAUUUUCAACUCUUUUACAUUUGAAUCACCGGGGGCCUCUUUAAAGACACCAGGUCCUUGUGUCUGACCAACCCUAGUCAAUCUGCGGGGAUGAGGUCUGGGCAUUUGCCCCUUUACAAUUCCCUAAACAGGAGAGAUGUCCAGUGAGUGCCAGCUGAGGUAAGGGCCAAGGAAGAGUAAUGAGGACACUGCUUAAGCAAAACCAUGGUGGGAGAGCUUUUCACACAGGAGACCACUGCUCAAGGAAUAAAGGCCUGAUUAUAUUCAAGAAAAAGAAAAUUCAGUGAAGAGUAUAAAAUGGAGGAAAAAGCAGGUAAGUAAGUCUGAUCCUAGGUAAAGCUAAUCAUGUUAACCAGUAGGUUCAGAGCAGAGUUGUUAAUACAAGCUACUGUAACAUUCACCGAGAUCUUCAUGUCACACCCCAUUUUAUCUUCCCAGCAGCCAUAUGCCCAUCUCCCUAGGAAACAGGCCAAGUAGGCUAUGCGGUGUCACUAAGCCACUCUUGACUUCAAAAACCUCCUCCAUCCCGUCCCUCAGGGACACUAAGAGCAGCAGCUAAGAGGCACUGGAAAGUUACAGGUUCAAGGUACCAGGUUCCAUCUUUACAUACAACCUUUCUGUGAUGGCUAGUGCCAGUUCAGGCCUAGCCGGGGAUGGCAAUCGCUCACUGUCUGGGGCACCUCAGACACAGUCGUGUUUGCACAAGCCAGAGUCGAACUCUGCUCUCCGCAAACAAAAAGCGCCCCUCCACAAGGAUGACUUACCAGACCCAGGGGGCCGAUCUUGGGGGCCAGGGCAGACGUGGCACCGACUUCCCCACCGGUGCACCUCAGGUACACUGGGAGAAAGAAAGGAUCAGUGCCUCCGCAAGGGGAGCCCCCAAGUCACAGCCCUCCCAACGCAUCUUUGCGGGCCUGGACACACCACCUUCUGCCUUUUCUCAAAACAGCCCCAAGAACCUCGGCGGGAGCGAGGCAGGACACCCCUGCCCCCAAGGCGUGGACCGCUCCAAGCGCCACGUGGGACAGCGGCCUUCCGCUUGGCUACCGGCUGCCGAGGCCCACACCGCGCCGGCGCGGAAGAAGCCCCGGCCGCCGGCCAACGCAGCCUAGGGGGACGCGCCCGGAGACAAACCUUACCCUAAGGGUGGGGGCUGCAAAGCCGCCACAGGUCGUCCGGUCCUGCCCCCCAUCUACACGUGGGGAAGCUGAGGCCCAGAAACAGGCUCGGCCAGGACACACAGCGCCCUGAACGCAGCACCAGAGGGCCAGCCUCUAGCGGGCAGCGGUUCUAAAACCCGCCGUGGGAAAGGCAAUUGCGGCGGAGGCCGCAAGCCGGACGGAACGCGGGGAGGGAUGCUCCAUCCCGAAGCCCCGGCCACAUCUAAAGCACGCACCGACUUUGAUCUCGUUGGGGUCGAACUUAGGCGGCAUGGUGGAGGCGGCUGGUGUCGGAUGAACCCGGAUUCGGGACGACCGAAGAAAGUUGCACCUGAGCCUCCUCCGAGCCGAAAGCCGAAAGACCGGAAGAUAGGGCGCUUGCGCUGGAUAAAGGCCUGAAAGUGCGGCUCUCGCGAGAACUGCCGUCUCCGCCCCAUCUUGCAGCGACGCCCUUGGCGCCAUAUUGCUUGUGGGCAGGCACCGAAGGCUGAAGGCUGGAGAAGUAGGCACCGCGAUUCUGCGGUCUUCGGUCUCAGACUUCGUCAUCCUGGUCUGCAUGACUUUCUGAGAUUCUGAGUUUCGGUCCCCAGUUCCUGCGUUUGGAGGAGAGCAGACUGUGGCUCCGCCGGGCCUGUGCCGGGUGGUCUGUCACCCGGCAUCCAUGACCAAGACCUGCGAGUGAUCGGCCUGCCUUGAGGUCCACCAGAGGGAACGAACGUCGGAGACCUGUGUAUCCGCAAAGCAAGGGACCUGUGAUCUCUACGCCUCCCGCUGAGGAAUGGGUGUGUGUCUUCUUCAACUGCAUCUUCUCCCUGGCCCCUUUCUCCCUAGAUCCUUCAGCUGUAGUAGGCCCUGAAUAAAUGUUUGUUAGAUGUG